CCCAGGUAGGGCGGGGGCUUGGCCCCGUCAGUUCAGCUACAAAUGUAACACAAAUAAGGAUGAGGGGUCGAGUCUCAAACCCUUCGGCUCCGUGACCUGUGUACGGAAAUGGUGCUGCAGCCUCAACCAAGCUACGAUGACGGGGAAGGUUCCCUUGUUCUCCCCUGGCUCCACAGUGAGCUCCGCUCUGCCCAGCUACGUCGCUCUCUGCCUCGCUGUACAGGUUCACAGGCUGGCGUCAGCACAGUUCACAGUGACUGGACCUGACCGUCCAAUUACUGCGUCCCUAGGUGGGGAGGCCGUCCUGCCCUGCCACCUCUCCCCCAGGAUGAGCGCUGAGAACAUGGAGCUGAGAUGGUUCCGAUUCAAGUUCUCUGCAGUCGUGCACAUGUACCGUGAUGGGCAGGAUCAGUACAGUAUGCAGAUGCCAGAAUAUCAAGGAAGAACUGAGCUCUUGAGAGACGAUAUCACCAAUGGGAGAGUUUCCCUGAAAAUACGCUAUAUCCAACCCUCCGACAAUGGACAAUACAAAUGUUUUUUUAAAUCCAAUGUUUCUUAUGAAGAAGCUUUAUUGGAACUGCAGGUGGCAGAUUUGGGCUCUGCUCCUGCCAUCUCUGUGGAGGGACAUCAGGACGGAGGGAUCCGGGUUGUGUGUCAAUCAUCCGGAUGGUACCCGCAGCCCAAGGCUCAGUGGAGAGAUCUCCAGGGGCAGCUCUUACCAUCAGCCUCUGAAAACAUAUCCCCAGAGGCCAAUGGCCUGUUUCAAACAGAGAUUGCCAUUGUUCUAACUGAAGAGUCCAACCAGAAAGUGUCCUGCUUUGUCAGGAACCCCCGACUCAACCAGGAGAGAGUGUCAGCGAUUUCCAUAGCAGAGCUGUUUUUCCCGAAGGUCAGUCCCUGGAUGGUGGCUCUAUGGGUGAUCCUGGCUGUUCUCCUUCCCCUGGCCAGUUACUGCUUCUGGAGGCAACACAGAGCGAAAGAGAUCCUUCGAUCUGAGAUGGAGAGACAGAAAGAGGCUCUGCGAUCUGAGAUGAAGAGACAGAAAGCGGAAUACGAGGCAGUGAAAGAACUGGGACUCACCAGAGCCCGAAGCUAUGCAGUGGACGUGACUCUGGAUCCAGACACAGCAAGUCCCUACCUCGUCCUGUCUGAGGAUCAGAAAUGUGUGAGACUCGAAAUCAAACGCCAGGAUCUGCCCGACAACCCUGAGAGAUUUGAUACUUGUCCCUGGGUCCUGGGCGCUGAGGGGUUCGCGGGCGGGAGGCGUUACUGGGAGGUGGAGGUGGGAGACAAGCCUGAGUGGGACCUGGGGGUUUGUAGGGAAUCUGUGAGCAGGAAGGGGUGGGUCAGACUCUCACCUGAGGAUGGAUACUGGGCCAUGCGGCUGUGGCAUGGAGAAUACAAGGCCUGCACCUCCCCCUCAACCCCCCACCCCGUGAGCGUCAGGCCCAGCCGGGUGGGGAUUUUGCUGGACUAUGAGGCGGGCGAGGUCUCGUUUUACAAUGUGACUGACAGGUCCCAUCUCUUCACUUUCACUGGCACCUUCUCCGGGAGGCUCCGCCCUUAUUUUUGUCCUGGUUACAACACUUGGGGUAAAAACGCGGCUCCCCUGGUAAUCUGCCCGGUCCCAGCUCAGGCCGGAGGGAAUCUUGGUCCCUGACAGUGACCCCGCAGUAUAGACUGGCCCCUCCCAGCCCUGCUGCUCUUCUCUCCCCUCCCCCCGUUGUGGGGGCCAGUUACUGCAGCAACUGGACUUUCUGUGCUGACCGGACGCUGCCAGUUUCCCUUUUCAAGUGGAGGUUCCAGUCAAAAAACAGA